AUGGAAGAUGGAAGAAUUCUAGACACUGGAAUAAAUGCUUCGUCUUCUAGCACACUAGCCAAGAAUGGUCGACUAAACUACACAUCAGGAUCAUCAUGGUGUGCAGGAACAAGUGACACUAAUCCAUAUCUACAGAUUGAUCUACAAACACUUCAUAUCAUCUGUGCUGUGUCUACUCAAGGGAAUUCAAAAGCAGAUCAGUGGGUGAAGAGUUACACACUGCAAUUAUCUACAGAUGGGACAACUUGGACAGACUAUAAGGAAUUAGGUGGACAGGUCAAGGUGUAUAAUACAUUCUGUUUUGGAACAUUACUUCAGAAACAACUAAGAUUUAACAUGCAUUGA